GUGUUUUAAGAAGCAAUGCAGUACGAGUGAGCUCUGAGUGCAGCAGGAUCCACAGGCUCAGUGUCAGACGCUCUGCAGCAUGCAUCAAGAAACACUUCAUCCACACUUUCUGCUCCACGGGAUGUGAGUUCAGAUAAGUGAUCAGGAUGGUAGCAGAGGCCUGGACUGAUGAGGACAGACUGAAGCGAUGGAGGAGACAACACCAGACCCUGCUUUUGUGGAUGUGGACCAGGGUCUGACCCUGGCAUGCAUCGCCUUCCUCUGUCUACUGCUGGUGGCAAUGAUCAUCCGCUGUGCCAAAGUCAUCAUGGACCCCUACAGCGCCAUUCCCACGUCAACCUGGGAGGAGCAGCACUUGGACGAUUAACAGAUCCGAGUCUGCACCAACACCAUGUUUCAACCAGUACAAGAUAACUAGAGAUAUUUAAGCUGCUAGUCAUCUACCGCUUUGAGGAUCACAAAAGUUUACUAAGCUGAAGACAUCUUUAUGGAAACUGAAUUUAAUUCUUAGCAACUAACUCUAUCAAAGAAGGCAUGAAUCCUGAAAUGACACCCAAUGAAACCACUCCAAAACCGAAAGCGCACAAGAGAACCAGACCAAACAAACCAAAAUCACCCUGAAUUUAUAAUAAGAAACAUGGCAUCAAAUUUAUAUUUUUAUAUUACAUAAUGUUAUACACACCUGAACACACUUCUAGCUACGCAAGCUAAAUUUUGUAUGCAAACAAAGCUGCAUUCUUAGCAAUUGCCACAAGGGGUGCAAUAGCAUACAUGAACUUUCUUCUACUGUCAAUCUUCUCUUACGUGGAGCAAAGUUAGUAAACAGUAUUUAGAAAUUCACAUUUGCAGUUAACUAUCGCCCCCUUGAGUAGCCUACUUUGUAAUCACCCCUACAAGUACAGUUUGUACAAUGGAACUGCAUACUUGCAAUUUAUUGAUGGAGCGUUCACAUUUACAUUGUUUCCGUUCUUAAUUGUGAUUAUAUUUUGCAAGACGACAAAACCUUGACUGAAUGCCUUGGGGCAAAAUACUUGAGAUGAAAAACACCACAAACUGUUUCAUUCAUCUUGACAAUGUUUUUAGAAGAGCAUCUGUCUCUUUCAAUCACAGUCUGAUUCCCUGAUGUGAUCUGAUUUUAUUGUCUUUGAUUAAGUGUACGCAUUUGCAGAGAGCUAUAGUCUGCACUGCAUGAUGUCAAGUGCCUCAGCUGAAGUCAUAAAAAUGAAGAAAUGAAUGUAUCUUUCAUUCAUGGGCACAAAAAAAUGCCAAUGUGUCCUGUCUGAUGAGAAAAUGCAAUUGUGCUACAUGUCUGUUCUGAAUCACAAUAAAGAUUAUAUU